AUGGUGUUGGUGGUGGCAGUGGCAGCUGGUGGCGGUGGCGGUGGUGGUAGCAACGAUGGUGGCAUCGCUGGUAGUGGUGGUGGUAGUUGGUCGGUGGCGGCAGCAACGGUGGUAACGUCGAGGAUGGUGGUGGUGGUGGUGUCGCAAGCAGUGGCGGUGGGUGGUGGCGGCAGAGGUGAUGGUGGUGGUGGUGGUGAUGGUAGUGGUUGGGGCGGCAGCAGUGGUGGUGGUGGUCGGUGGGGCGGCAGCGGUGGUGGUGAUGGUGGCGGUGGUGGUGGUGGUGCCGGUGGUAGCGGCGGUGAUGGUGAUGGUAGUGGUGGUGGGUUUUCUGAUAAGUACAAGGGGUAUUUUUGUAAUCUGCCACUUUCCUUGAUGAGAAGGAAUGUUUUCCAUCCAAUUUUGGAAGGAAUUCACUUUCCUCCAUAUGGUGGAAAGUUUAUUUCAUUUAGGAAUCCUUUUCCUUCCUCUAAGUCCAACUAA